AUGACUGUCAAAGAGAGGACACCGAUAUCCAUGAACCAUAUGUCGUAUGAUUUUGAGUCUCAAAUUGGGCAUCAAUCUUCGCGGAACGAUCACAUGAACGAUGUGAGCACCCCCAGCCCGUCCUCUAGAUGCAUCGGACACCUAUUGAACACUUUGACUCACAUGGAAAUGAACUGUUCGACCAGGCUCCAGCAUUGGAAGCUGGAGAUAUCUAUAGACCAUGUUCAUAUGCACUGGGACGUAUGCGGUAUGCAGGACGUGCAGAGGACGAGACCGACUGGUUUUAAGAGUGGCGUCAAGCGCAAGGGCCCUGGCCAAUCAGGGCAACCCAGACAAUGCGCACGUGACAGGAUCAGGGGCACGCCUUGCCGAAUUUGGAAUAAACGCUCCGUUCGAAGGUUCGCGGCGAUUAUCUGUGCUACAGGGUACAACCUCGAGACGAUCUACUGGGAUUGA